AUAUUUAUUUCAAAUUAGAUUUUUAAAAAAUUCUCAAAUAUUCAAAUAUUCUCUUCAGAUAUUUUUUCCCAGGUUUCACUGAGCGCUGUUGUCUUUUCUCUCACAGCAAUGCUUUCCUUUGACCUUUUCAUUUGUAAAUAAAAAAGGUUGUAUUACUAUAUGAAUGACUGUUGUUGGAGCAUGGCUGUUGCCUGGAUCUUGGUUCUGCUGGGUAGCCUUAUACUGUACAUAAUCUGGGUUUCAAUGCUGGCAUUCAAUAAAUGCCAAGGAGAUAUUUCUACAGCUGUGUUUUCUGUCGUUCAAGUUGGAUUUCCAAGAAUUCUGAUAGUUUGGGGAAAUACCAUAGAUAAUUGUGAAUCUGUUCUUUACAUAACACAUCUAUUUUUGUGAGUAAACCCUCCCUGUAACUUGAUCCCUUCAAACUGGCCAACACAUGCAAGGGUUUAUUUUGGUUCAGCCACUUCAUGCACCUCAUUGGCCCGUUUGGCAUGGGAGCUAGUGUCAGAGGCUUGUGCUUGUCAUAACUUGAAACAGCAGAGUAAUGGACACAUGGAUAUGCAAUUCAGAGUUAAGGUGCUGUUGAAAGACAGAUGGUGAAAAUCAAUACAGAAAGAGGAAAACAGACUUUUUAAUGCUAGAACAGAGAAGUCUGGAUUGAGCGUCAUGGCUCGUGCAGGGAGGCUGAGGGUGCUCCUCUUCUGUGCUUUGUUCUUUGGAGCAGUAGGUUUCUUGUUCACACUCCUCUCCUGUGGGACGGAGUACUGGCUGGCGGCCGAGUCCUGCAGCCGCCCAGAGGACAGAGAUGGGGGACGUGGCCUGAGAGAAUCGAAGAGCAAUACUAAGGCUGUGGAUGACGUAAGGAUUUUCCACGAGGGUCUGUUUUGGCGGUGCUCUUUCCAGGGGGUUUCUCAUGAAUACUCUAUCUGGGACCUGUGGAUCUCAAAACAACCAUCACUGAAGGUCUGCCAGGCUGCUUUCCUCUUCCCGUUUCCUCUGAAUGAGCGGCUGCAACCACGAGUGGAGCCACACAGUUUACCCACCGAACCCUAUGAACCCCACUCUGCUAUUGUUUUUAGGACCUUCUGGAGCAUCUUCCUUGUCACAGGUGCUGCAGCUAUCGUCGUCGGUGGGUUUGUCAUCAUCUGUGCUGGCCCACUGACCAACCACAAACUCUAUGAAAUGGGUGGAGCCCUUCAGCUUUGUGGUGGCCUGUGUCUGCUGGCAGUGGUGGUGAUGUAUCUGAUGUGGGUCCAUGUCCUGGACACUCUGGAGCAGUUUGCCCUCCAUCAGACCACCUCCAGCUGCCCCUCCUACCACCUCAGCAUCCAGCACGGCCCCUCAUUCCUUCUGGCUCCAGUGGCUGUCUUCUUCUGCCUGCUGGCUGGCCAGCUUUCCAUCCUGCUUGGCCGAUGUAUCCAGAGGACACAGCUGGAUAAGAGAAACAAAACUCCUGAACUUUCAGCAUCUGAUGAUUAUGUGUAACUUGCCCUUUACUCAAGUUUACCACUCAAUUAAGUAUUGAAACUUGAAACUUGCUACUUGCUGAAGUAAUAAGAUGCUGCGCCAAAGUCAGCCUGUAACCAGUUUAAGGAAGCUUUUACAUUGGCUGCUCUGGAAAAAUUCACUGGGAACAAGUUGUUUUUUGUUUGUUUGUUUUUUCUGAAAAAUCAGACACAACAGCUACAGAGCAUGGCUGGCACGUGAUCACUCAGACAUAACCAAAGAUGAAGAGCGAAAUCACAAAUGUGGAUCCUUCCGAUUGCUUCCAUCAGUGAGGAUAAUUAGAAUCCUUAAUUUUGAAGCUGGUCAUUUAUAAAGGAUUUUUCUAACCCAUUUAACAGACCUCAUUGUGAUUAAUGCUUCAGU